CCGGAACCGACUGCGCAGGCGCGAAAAAGCCUUCCCGUCGCGGGAAAUACAAACGUUAAAUAUAUGUGAAUGAGGCGGAAUAUUAUCAUUAUUAAUAAUAAUAAUUACAGUUGGUAUUACACGCCGGCAACAACAACAACAACAACAACAACAACAACAGCAGCAGCAGCGGUGAAGUGAGACUGGAGCGCGGGCGUUGGCUGGCGUCCCGAGUGCGGUGGCGGUGUUUUGGCGGGAACAAUGGCCGGAGCGGCGGCGGUGCGGGAACUGGAGGCGCUCGGGCUGCGGCGGAUCAGCGCCGCAUGGGUGGAUACGAUAUGGGAGGUGGAUUUUACAGAGACUGAACCGUUAGAUGAAUUCUUGGAAGAGGAGAUUACGGAAAAUGCACUUGAGGCAUUCUCCCAACUUUAUAAGAGUAUCUUUAAGUUUGUUGACCAGUCGCAGCAAGAUGUGGAAGAUGUUUGGACCGUGUUUGCGGAGAAUAAUCUCUCCCAUCGAGCACUUGUUGCUCUGUUACAUCACUUUAUCCAUGUGGUUCAGGAUACAAAGGCUACUGUCACCCAGAGACAAUGUGCCUUAAAUGCAGCUGGGCUGUAUUUCCUGCUCCUUGAAAUCCCAGGAAGUGUUGCCAACCGUAUCUUCCAUCCAGUGCUAUUUAACAAAUGUUUGGAUACGAUUAAAAAGAACUGGCCGGCAGCAGAUGGAGAUUUCCGAAAACGGAAAAAGGACACCCAGGCAAAGAGUUCUCGAGGUGAUGGCAAAGCAAGAAAGCGAGCCAGACCAGUUAGACAGAAAACUAAUGAGGAUAUGUUUGAGGAAGAAGAUGAUGAAGAAGAUACUGACUAUUUGUCCACACGUGACCUGCUUCUGAUCAGAAAUGAUAUUUUCUCUUUGCUGAAGAAUUUCCUGCGAUUGCUUUCUAAUUUCCCUUUGAAGGACAAACCCGAUAAUGCUCUCCAUUGUCUGCAGCUAUUCACUGAUCUGACCAAUUUUGAGCCUGUACCUGGAGGAUUACAACUUUCAGAUCCAAUAAACUUUGAAAGAACGAAGACUGUGCCUGAAUUAGCAUAUUAUGGACUUAAAUUACUGUGUUCACCCAAACAUGGUGAUGUUGAUAAGACACUGCGUUGCCUGUUUCAAAGACUGUUGAGUAUAAUAUUAAUGCUGAGUGGUGUGAACGGCACCAGAUCUGUUGCUGUCUUGGUAGUGGGACAACGAACUAUCAUUGCCAGAGAUCAAGCCAUUACAUUUGUCAGCUACAUUGUGGAUGAAGUGAAGGAGCCUGCGUUGCCCGUUCUUCGAAUAUUGCUGCAACACAUUUGCACUAAGGUGCCAGAUAAAGCAGAAUUUCGGACGCAUGGUGCCCAAGCCCUGGUGAAAUUGCUAACUAAACUUUCUUCUGCGGAUUAUGUUGCUUUCUUGGAUUGGUUCCAUAAAUAUUCACUAAACAGCAAGAUUUCUUACAGAAAUUUUGCUUUGGAUGUAAUAAUGGCUUUGCUGAAAUUACCUGAUAGGGGAGAAGACCCCUCACUUCAACCAGAGCAUCAGAAGUAUCUCGAUAACAAGUAUUGGAUCCAGGUGGUGAUCUUGGAUAGAUGCUCCGAUAAAGCCCCUACAGUCCGGAGCAGGGCACUCUCUUGUCUUGCCCAAUGUUUAGACUUGAAUAUUGCAUCGGCUUUUGAGUCUGUUCAGGAACUAAUGCUGGGAACCACAAAAAGUCUACACAAGACCUUGGGUAUACUGGAAUCCACUGAAGUCACAGGAAAUCUUUAUUCAUUAGCCACUGUCACAUCUAACCAAAGCAGGGAUGCAUUAAAAACUAUUGAAGUCACGGACCCAAGGGAAUCGAUGGUGAAGAAUGUUUCAGAAAUUAUGUCAAUGUUACGAGUGAGGGCUGGUGAUGAAAGAACCAUCGUACGGAAAUCAGCUAUUCAGGUGCUUGUAAGCAUUUUGAGACAGAAUGUAGUCCUCUGCACCCAAGAAGAUCUGACUGUAUUACAAGAUCGUUGUCGAGAUCCUGCUCCAUCUGUUCGCAAGCAAACAUUGCAAUUAAUCACCGAUCUUCUGUUGGCUCAACCCAAUAAUGAAUUGCUACAGAAGGCUUGGAUGAAUGGAGUCAUCCCAGUUGUAAUUGAUCCUGAGAAUACGGUCCAGGAAAAAGCACUGGAGUGUCUGAAUCAAGUGGUAAUGCAGCAAAUCAAGAAUUACAGGCAAUUUAGUGACGAAGACAAACGUCAAAGACUGGCCUGGGAUGUCUUAGCACUUCUUGUAUUUGAGUAUCAGGAGCUUUGUCGUUACCUGGCCAAAGCUUUCCUUCUGUGGUCCCAACAAGAUAAGUUCAGUUCAACUUUUAUAAAAGACCUUAUCACUCACACUGACACUGAUCAUGCAGCUGCUGCCUGGAUGUUGCUUUCAAAAAUUGCAGGAUCCUUCCCAAAGUUGAACUAUACCAAGAUUAUAGGCUCUUGGGAUGACCUUUACAGGUCUAAAAAUAUAGAUAACAGAACAACCCACAUCUUGAGUGUCAUGGGCAACAUUGCUCAUCACUUGUUGGAGGAAACCAGAGCUAAGUUGAUAGACGAAGUCAAGAAUUUGAUAAGUGCGUUUUGCUCUACUCCAGAAAUAGUCAGCCAGGCAGUUGAGACCUUGUACAAGCUCUGUCACGCUCAUUGUAAGACUCCAGAAGAGACGCAGGUCCUGCUGGAUCAGGUGUGCGGUGAGCUGAUCUUGAUUUGCGAAUCGUACAUCUCUAAUAUUGUUUUUAGCGAUGGAGGAACUCAGCAUGCGGAUGAGAGUAUGUUGGUGAAGCACCUUUUCACUCUUGGUGAGGCAGCACAGCUGUGCCCCAGGAAAGUUGAUAAGCGGAUCUUCCUGCUGGUCCAGUCAUUCCUUGCUGGCCCUCUCGGUCUGAGUCUUGAUAGCAGUGAUCUCCCGGCUUCACAGCCCCUUACCGAGUUUUCAGGAUCUGCUGCCGUAUCUUCGGUUGUCCGAGCACAUGCCUUUUUUACUCUCGGAAAGUUGUGCCUGCAGCAUGAAGAUCUAGCUAAGAAAUGCAUUGCUGCUCUUGCACGCGAGUUGGAGGUGUGCAAAGAUGUUGCAGUUCGCAAUAAUGUCAUCAUCAUCAUAUGCGACCUCUGCAUGCGAUACACUACCAUGGUGGUUCGGUACAUUCCUAAUGUCGCUGUGUGUUUAAAAGACAGUGACCCCUUUAUCCGUAAACAGACCAUGGUUAUGCUGACAAACCUACUCAAGGAUGAAUAUAUAAAAUGGAAAGGUUCCCUCUUCUUCAGAUUUGUAAGCGUUUUGGUGGAUUCAGAUGAAAGUAUACGGAGCUUUGCAGAGUUCUGUUUAGUCCACCUGCUCCUGAAAAGAAACCAGGUUAUGUUCUCUCAACAAUUUACUGAAUGCAUUUUCCACUUCAAUGCCUAUGAAAAACAUGACAAAUACAAUAAAUGUACUCAAACUGAGCGAGAGAAGACGCUAUUUUCCUUGAAGGGGAAUAAAAACAAAGAGAAACGAAUGACUAUUUAUAAGUUUCUGUUGCAACACUUCACAGAUGAACAACGUUUCAAUGUUACCAACAAACUUGCUCAUGAUAUUCUAGCGUGUUUCGUUGAUGGAAUGCUUCCAGUGGAUAUGGAGGCAAAUGAAUUGCUCUCGGAUACAUUCGCGGUGAUGAGUUGCAAGGAGAUCAAACUCACUUCUUUUCGAACAAAAUCUAGUGAUGAUGCUCAGCUGGAUGAUGAAAUGGCCAUGGCUAAUGCAGUCAUGCAGGUAGCACAGAAAAAGCUCAUAUCACAGGUCCAGAAGAAGAAUUUUGUAGAAAACAUCAUUCCUAUUGUAUCAUCUCUGAAGAGUCAACUAGAGCAGAAGCACAUCCCAGCGCUGAAGGAUCUCAUGCAGUACUUGCAAGAAGUAAUGCAGGAUUAUCGGAAUGAGAUCAAGGAACUUUUUGCUGCUGAUCGGCAGCUGGCGGCUGAGUUGGAGUAUGAUCUUAAAAAAUAUGAAGAGCAGGUUGCUGGGGAGGAGGGGACGGAGUGCGUGACAGUGGGUGCAGCUGCGUUAUCACCAAGGGCUUCACCCUCGGUGCGCUCUGCUGUACGUAUUGGAACUGAAGCACUCUCUACUGGUACCCGAGUAGUCCAGCUUACACCCCCAAAGCAGAGGUCCUCUGUUUCACCGUUUGGUAUUCCUAUUUCUACAUCCAUAGCACUGCUUACGCCCAGGCUCACAAAGCGCAGAUCCAUGCCUUUAAGUACUCUGGCUAUUCUAAACUCUGCAAAGAAGGCGGUAGAAAUGAGCCAGAAAAGAAAAACCACUGGGUCUGUAUUACCGGGAUCCACCUUGAGGGGGAGCAGAUAUACUCACAAGUAUCCUGAUACUGCAGUUUCAUUACAGAGCUUGAAGGAGAAUACAGCGUCUGAGAGUUCAUCGACCAAUGCCUCAAUGACUGAACGAGCCAUCAGCACUCCAGACCGAACAAUUGGCAAUGUGACCUUUGGUGCAGGAGUCAGCUACAUCAGUAUAACUCAAACCCCAACAGCUGAAAACGGUCAUGAACGGUCAAAGGAACAAAAUAACUUAUUGUGUCUGAUGUCCCCAGAUAAACCGGUACCUCAGCCACGACAGUGGAAGGUGGAAUCGCCAGCUGCCAAUAAAACAAACCCAUUCCAAGGCAGAACUAGAUCUCAGAAGAAAAACUAAAGCGUUCAAACUGAAGCAGAAAUUUGCAAUUUGUAUUUUACUGUCAGUGCUGUUCGAUGUUUCUUCCUUUUGCACACUCAGAAUUUCGGCAGAGAACUUUGUCAUUUCUCACAACUAUACAACAGACUACAAAUAUUUUAUUUUUGCUGUGACAAAUUUCAUGGGUUUUGUUUUUAGUUUAGUGGAAAGUCAUAUUUAUAGCCCUGUUGUAUAUUUGACUAAUAUAAUUUUUCUGGCUUGACAGUUUGAAUACUAGAUUCUUUUAAUCAAUAUUGCUACGUGUUAUGAAUUAGGGGCCACACAUUAGGAGCUUGAAUAUCAUAGCAUUGAUUACCUUAGCAGUGGGAAUUACUGUGUUUAAAGUGAACAUAUCACUGCUGUGAUUGAGACUCAAAGAGCUUUCGCAUAAAGUGGCAGUGCAUUUUUGAGUUGAGAUCUCUUCUUGACUUGUUCAUUAGUAAUAACAUUGUGGUAUCGUGCAGGAUGCCCCUGUUUUGUGGCCUGGCUGUAAACAGGAGCAAAGCUGGGUGUAUGUGGCUAAAGCCAGUCCAUUGGCUUUUAUAAAGCUUAAUCUUCCUAAUAAAGCUGCAUAAUGAUAAUGUGAAAGCCAAGGCUGUAAUUGGAUGUAAGAAAUGAUUGAAGCAAAUAAUGAACAAGUUCCUGUUGUACUUGAGCAAGAAAACAUUGCCUGCUCUCCAAUCUGCAGGAGCCAUUCAGUCUGUUUCUGCUUGUUAUUAGUACAAAGUAAAAGAGGCAGCAGGUUGUGAUUUAGACAAAGGUUCAUUUGAGUACUACAAACAGAACACAGAAAUGUGUUGAUGAAGCAAACCUCUUCAGCCUUGUUUUCAAAGGUCCACGAUUUGCAUUUCCCUGUGUUAUUGUGUUGUGAUGCUGCUUUCUGACCCUCUAUUGCCUUUUGUCCCCACCUCUAAAAGGACAACAGCUUGCAGAGUUUCAGCCACACGACUGUGACAACACUGGUUCAUGUUUGAUGUGAAUCAAGCAGUUGGCUGCAAAGGGUGGGCAGAUUUGCCAUUGACUGCCCAAUCAUCUCAUGAAAAGUUCAGACUGGGCUAAGCUGUGAUGUCCGAAAAAUCUUUAACUUGUGUGGAUAGAUUUUAAUAAUACAUUUUAUUUGGAAAGAAGCAUAAGCCUUAGACUGUUGUAAGAGGGAGGGUGGAGGUGUGAUUGUGGGUAAGUAUACCUGAGGUAGAAUUACAUUUUCUAUUUAUAUUCAGCAGAUGUAGGAUGAUGUAAAUUUCCACCUGGAUGUAAAAUGCCAGUGGUAUUUGUGGCGGGUAAAUCGGGUGGCACCAAGGGUAGAGGCGGUUGGCAAAGAGUAAUGGAGGCCCCAUGACCACUACCCUCAAUUACAUGUGUACUGUUGGGGGAAGAGAGGGAAGAAAUGGCCUCUCAAAGCAGCAGCCAGGUUGGUGGGACUGCGACUGGUUCUGAUGCACAGCCGGAGUAGCGAUAUGGAGACACGAGAGUUCAAGGAACAAACAGGAGGAAUAUGAGGAGCCUCAAAAGGCGAUGCCAGGGUGGCAUGUUGCUUGCCUCUUGGACGCCAGUCAAGGAGCAGCUGCAGAAAUAUUUUAAGGGGGAGGGUGAGUAGACAGAGGUUGUUGCACAUAUAGGUACCAGGGACUUGUGUAGAAAAGGAUGAGAUCCUGCAUUGAGAGUUAGGACUAAAGCAGAACCUCAAGGAGAAUAAGCACUGGAUUACUUACAGUGCCUCAUUUAAGUGAGAGUCAGAAUAGGAAGGUGGGAUGUAUGAAUGUGUGGCUGAGGAGCUGGUGCAGGGGGUUGCAGUUUUGGACCAUGGGGAUUAAAAAGCAAGGGGGGGAAAUGCAAUUGUGGGGAGAUAAUCACAGUCAGAUCAACCAGGAGCUUCUUAAAUGGCAGUGGCCCACUCCCAAUUACUUUGGCUGUGUGUGUGUCAAUUUAGUUUCUCAAAGUCAGGCCAUAGCUGAUUACAUUUUUCAGAACAAGGAAAUUGCAUGCGGAAGUUUCAAUGAAUUCAGAAUCAAGUAGAUGGUUUAUUAGAGUACAAAUUACUGUAAAAUUAUAAUGUUGGGAUUUCCUGUUGAAAAAUACAAUAUUUGACUAACUGAAUAACUUGCCUAAAGCUGGCUCAGCCUCUAUUCACAACUUAUUGCAAUACGGUUUCUAAAUUUAAACUAUAUUUACUAAAAUAUUCAAUCUCAGAAUUACCCCUUGAUCUCCCACUGCUAUAUCCGAAUUUAGCAUUAAAUACAUUUGAUUUAGCCACAGGAAAUGUGCUGAUUUCCCCUCUCUCUCAUUACUGACGCAGUCAGAGUAUUGGUGUUUGAGUGUACUUUGUCAGUUAGCUCAAUUUAGUCCAUCUGCUUGGAUUUUCAUUUAUGUCCACGUACUAAUUUUUAGCACUGAUGAAAUCAAUGCUCUCUAUACUAUUGUUGCAAACAAUAAUGUAGGUGGUUCAAUGAUCUCAGUUACACAUGCAGUGUGCUCUUGUUCAGGCACAGGGCACCAUUCCAACGUUUGGACAACUUUCUUUAAAUGUGCGUUUACUUUUAAUUUAACUGAGAUUGUUGCUCAGUUGCAUGAAAGUUGGACUUGAGCUGUCCAGGGGAUGAGUUGCAUAUCCUGUCACAGGUUAAAGGAUAAAUGACCCUUAUGGAUUAUCCCCAGGGACUUACAUGAGAUGUAUGGCUUCCUAUUUCAUAGAGCACUGUCACAAACCCUUAUUUUAUAAAUCAGCUAUUAGAUUACAAUAAAAUAAAUAUCUACAUUAUUAACUCUA